AUGACAACAUCUAAAAUAAAUUCUAAUCCAACGAUAAUAUCAAAAAUUGAAACAACAUCAAAUCAUAAUCCAUAUAAUCGUGAUGUACAACAACAACAACAACGAAUUAAUUCAUCAAAACGUACAACAACAACAGCUACAAUGAUUAAUAAUAUUGAUCAAUUAAUUGAUAAUAAUGUAACAGUUUUACAUCAAUCAAAAACUCAUCAUUCAUCUAGAUUAACUAAACAAAAAGAUAAAUGUGAAAAUUCAAAUAUAUCAUCAUUAUCAAAAUUAGAAAAUACAAAUGAAGAAAUUUAUACAACACCAUUAAAUAAUGAAGAUAUAAGAAUAUCAUCAUCAAUUAAACAAAAACAACAAUCUAGACAAGAAAUAGGUGAUUAUAUACGAAAAGAUUCUAAUAAUGAAGAUGCUGAUGAAGAAUCUACAACUGUUUGUGGUAUAAGAAGAAAAAAUAAAACACCUAAUGAACAUAUUCAUCCAUUAUCAAUACCAUCAAAUAAUUCAGCUAUACAUAUACAACAACAAGGUAUGGGUGAUCAUUAUCAUACAAGUACAAGACAACAUAAAAGUCGAAAUAAGACAACUGGUUUAUUAAAUCGAAGAUAUCAUCGAUUAAUUGAACAACAAGAUCAUGAAAUAUCAUUAAAUGAAAGACAUGCAUAUCGUUGGCGUAUAUUUAUGUAUAUAAUCAUUAUAAUUAUAUUAAUUUUUGUUAUCUAUCGAUUCUUACUUGCUAUAUGGCCUAAACGAAAAAAGACAUUUAUGGAACAAUUCAUUGAUGAAUUAUUCACUUUUUUUACACCUUGA